UCUGCAAAAAGUUGACGGCACGUGCAUUACCUUUUCGGGUGUUUUAUUGCAUUUUGCUGGUGCAGUUGUUUGUUUUCAUCAAUAAAUUGUGUGUAAUUACAAACAAAGCGUGCUAAAAAAAUUGUGAAUCAGUGAAAGUAGUGAAUUUAAACUUAAAGUGUAACUGUAAUAUAAAGUGUGAAAAUGGGAAAGAAUAGCAAAAAUAAAAAUAAAUCGGCCAGCAAUAAGAAUCAGUCUGCAGCCAAUGUCACCACCCACGCACACGAUGCACAGUCAUCUACAAAACAACAGCAACAACACCAGGCGCCAAUUAAACGACCCACGCUAACCCUGCAAAAGCGCAACGAAUUGAGUUCACUUAUCAAUGCAUUGCUCGAAAUAGGCUUUAAACAGCCCGCAAACCCUAAGGAAGAAUGGGAUCAAUAUUUAGAAAUCCAAACACUGUUGCACCGUGUGCAAAUACUUGAAGCACCACUGCGCCGCACCAGCUCCAAUCCAACUACAGAAGCGCGUUUGGCUAACAUUGAAAAUUUCUAUCGUUGGGCCACUGAAAAUGGUUUGCGUUUUGAUGGUGUGCGCAUAGCACAGUUUCAAGGCUAUGAGUUGGGCUUGGAGGCUACGCGCGAUAUAGCAGAAGAGGAAGUGCUAUUUAGUAUACCGCGCAAACUUAUACUCUCCGAGGAGAAUAUGGAUUUAGAUUAUAGUCCAACACAAUUCGGUUCGAUGUCGAAUCUAAAAUUGUCAUAUGUGUUAAUGUUGGAGGCUUUGAAACCGGAUAGCUUUUGGAAACCCUAUAUCGAUUUGCUGCCGGAGAGAUAUAAUACUGUACUAUAUUUUACAACCAAAGAAAUGGAAAUGCUGCGUGGCUCAAAUGCUUUAACUGCGGCGUUGCGUCAGUGCAAAGCAAUUGCGCGUCAAUAUGCGUUCCUCUACAACUGCACCGUGAAGGCGUCGCGUGCAGAUAAAUUCAACUCAAUGGGACAGACGUUUAAGGAGCAGUUCAACUAUGAUUUGUAUCGCUGGGCCGUAUCCACUGUUAUGACGCGUGAGAACUUAGUGCCACGCUCACGUCCCUUGCAUAGUGGCGAUGAUAGUGCUAGUCAAGAGAGUGAAACCAUAGCGGCGCUCAUCCCCUUCUGGGAUAUGGCCAAUCAUCGCCAGGGUCGUGUCACCUCCUUCUUCAAUAUCGAAACACAGGAGAUGGAGAGCUCUGCUCAAUUCAGUUUCAAAGCUGGCGAACAAAUCUUCAUACAUUACGGCGAUCGUUCUAAUGCUGAUCUCAUGAUACAUAACGGCUUUAUCAACCCGACCAAUCCAAAGGACUACGUCUGCAUCAAACUCGGCCUUGGCUCAUCCGAUCCACUGCUCGAACAACGCGCCAAAUUGCUGCAAAUGAUGCAGAUAGCAAAGAAUACCGAACUGCAGGUAUUGCCACCGCCCAAAUACAUCUCGUCCGAACUGUUGGCGUUCGUGCGCGUCUUCAACAUGAACGCACAACAGCUGGAACACUGGAUUACCUCAGAACGUGCCAUGGAUCUGUUGCAUGUCGACUGUGCGCUCGAGACGACGCUCGAAUCGAAGACUUGGCAGUACUUGCAGACACGUCUGAUGCUGUUGCUGCGCGUCUUCCCCACCACGCUGGAGGCGGAUGAGGAGCAGCUGGCUGCAUAUAAGAAGGGCGAGCUGUAUCUCUGCUAUGUGGAGGCGAUGCUGCUGGAGUAUCGCGUGCUGGAGAAACGCGUCUUGGCGGCAGCGCUCGAUUAUGCCAAGCAGCGCAUAAAAACUUAAGUGGCACGUGAAGAAUGCGACUGGCGAGCCGAACAAAAGUGUAGAGUUGUAAAGUGAGACAAAUAAAAUUCGUUCAAAUUUUUUGUGGCCAUUUAAACGUACAUACAUAUAAUGCUCAGCAAAUACACAUACAUACAGAUAUUUAUUUUUUUUAGAUUUAUUUUUAAUUAAAAAAUUCUAUUUUUGUUUAGUUUUAGUUUUAAUUGUAUUGAUAAGUUCUUCGUAAUUUUGCAUUUCGUUGACUGAUUAAUUCAUAAAUUUUUUUAAUAAU